UGCAAGCAGAUCUUUAGGCGUUCUAAUCUGCAUUUCGAUGCUGAUCACAGUUCUUUGGGGAUUGUCGUGUCAAACAUCAUCAGAUACUCUCGGAAAAUGCGUAAAACUAGAAGAGUGUUCCAAGUGGAACCAAUUUUUCGGUCGGCUAUUCAUAUCGAAACCAGAAUUUAAACUACUCGACGAUGCACUGGAGGCUUGCGCUGAUUCUGAACGACCCAGCUUGGAGGAGCACACUAUUUGUUGCGCUUUAAAAGAUAUCUACAGAAAGAAAGUUGAUCUCGAGCCAAAAUGUCUUAGUGGUGCUUCGAAGGCUACACGUUCAGAUAAAACGUCCUUUGGAGUGUUGUUGUACAUUAGCAAUCAAGGACAAAUUCUCAUGACACGAUGCGUCGGAAGUUUAAUCACCGCUAAUCAUGUACUUACAUCGGCUCAUUGUGUGCACAAAGUAGCAAGUGAAAGUAUCGUCGCGUUGGUUAAUGCGAAAUACGAGUACAGCGAUGUGAACAAUACUGUUAAUGAAGAUGUGGAACCUUCCUAUGUAGAAUAUGUUUCCAUCCAUGAUAUGUAUAAACCAGGCCAGCUUGGUUUCGAUAUAGCAUUGCUACGUCUCAAGGAAAGAAUUAACCUCGAUUCCCCGGACUCCCCAUAUCCGAUCUGCAUCCCCACAGCAAAGGAGCACUACGAAUCGAAUACUAAUAUACUGCAUUCAUUCGGUUGGGGAGCGAACGCUGAGGGGGAUUUCAGUAAAACCAAAUUGUCGGUGAUGUUGCAGCGUAUCUCCCUACACGAGUGUGCCUUCUAUGGCGGACGGCUAAACGUGAAGUCAGAAGAGCUAAGUGGAUCAAACAAAACCAAUCCGAUUUGUACCAUCGGCAUCUCUGGUCACAAUUUGUUCGAGGGCUACUCAGGGGCACCCCUGAUGUAUCGAAAGGACGGCGCAUGGUUUCUAAGCGGUGUAGUUGGCAAACCUUUGAAUCCAGAAGAUUCUAGAAAAACUAGCAAACCACAUCGCGUCCUUUCCACUUCCGUACAACGCCACGUGGAAUGGAUUAAAAAUGUUUUGGAAGUCGUAGCAACGGAAGAUAGUAAAGGAAUGCCAAUUGAAUAAAAGGAUGAAGGCGUUUAAACUGCCUCGAUA